AUGCCAUCAACCAGCCGAGCGGGCAGCCUGAAGGACCCCGAAAUUGCAGAGCUCUUCUUCAAAGAAGAUCCAGAAAAGCUCUUCACAGAUCUCCGAGAGAUUGGCCAUGGAAGCUUCGGAGCAGUUUAUUUUGCACGUGAUGUGCGCACCAAUGAAGUGGUGGCCAUCAAGAAAAUGUCAUAUAGUGGGAAGCAGUCCAAUGAGAAAUGGCAGGAUAUUAUUAAGGAAGUCAAGUUCCUCCAAAGAAUAAAGCACCCUAACAGUAUAGAGUACAAAGGCUGCUAUCUGCGGGAGCAUACAGCAUGGCUUGUUAUGGAAUAUUGUUUAGGAUCAGCAUCAGACUUACUAGAAGUUCAUAAAAAGCCAUUGCAAGAAGUGGAAAUAGCAGCAAUUACCCAUGGUGCUCUCCAGGGAUUAGCAUACUUGCAUUCUCACAAUAUGAUCCAUAGAGAUAUCAAGGCAGGGAACAUCCUGCUGACAGAGCCAGGACAGGUGAAACUUGCUGACUUUGGGUCUGCUUCCAUAGCAUCUCCUGCCAACUCAUUUGUGGGGACGCCAUAUUGGAUGGCCCCAGAAGUGAUUUUAGCCAUGGAUGAAGGGCAGUAUGAUGGCAAAGUAGAUGUUUGGUCUCUUGGAAUUACCUGUAUUGAGUUAGCGGAAAGGAAGCCUCCUUUGUUUAACAUGAACGCAAUGAGUGCCUUAUAUCACAUAGCGCAGAAUGAAUCCCCUACACUACAGUCUAAUGAAUGGUCUGAUUAUUUUCGAAACUUCGUAGAUUCUUGCCUCCAGAAAAUUCCUCAAGACAGGCCUACAUCAGAGGAGCUUCUGAAGCACAUGUUUGUUCUUCGAGAGCGACCCGAAACAGUGUUAAUAGAUCUGAUUCAGAGAACAAAGGAUGCAGUGAGAGAACUGGACAACCUGCAGUAUCGUAAAAUGAAGAAGCUCCUCUUCCAGGAGGCCCACAAUGGCCCUACAGUGGAAACACAGGAAGAGGAGGAGGAACAAGAUCAUGGUGUGGGCAGGACGGGAACAGUGAACAGUGUGGGAAGUAAUCAGUCCAUUCCUAGUAUGUCUAUCAGUGCCAGUAGCCAAAGCAGUAGUGUUAACAGUCUUCCAGAUGCCUCGGAUGAUAAGAGUGAGCUGGAUAUGAUGGAGGGGGACCACACCGUGAUGUCAAAUAGCUCUGUCAUUCAUUUAAAGCCGGUAAGCAUCAAAAUCUUGAGUAACACAGUUUCUCUUUAUUCUCUGACAUUAAUAUUUGCUGACAAGGAGGAAGAGAACUACAGAGAGGAGUCGGAUCCUCGGACAAGGGCAUCAGAACCCCAGUCUCCUCCCCAAGUAUCUCGCCACAAGUCUCAUUAUCGUAACCGGGAGCACUUUGCUACCAUACGCACAGCGUCGCUGGUGACAAGGCAAAUGCAGGAACAUGAGCAAGACUCUGAGCUCCGAGAGCAGAUGUCUGGCUAUAAACGUAUGAGAAGGCAGCACCAGAAGCAACUGAUGGCAUUAGAGAAUAAACUGAAGGCAGAGAUGGACGAGCACCGCCUCAGGUUGGACAAAGAUCUCGAAACACAGCGUAACAAUUUUGCUGCAGAAAUGGAAAAGCUAAUUAAAAAGCACCAAGCAGCCAUGGAAAAAGAGGCUAAAGUGAUGGCCAAUGAAGAAAAGAAGUUUCAACAGCAUAUUCAGGCCCAACAGAAAAAAGAAUUGAACAGUUUCCUGGAGUCUCAGAAGAGAGAAUACAAACUCCGUAAAGAGCAGCUGAAAGAGGAGCUGAAUGAAAACCAGAGCACUCCAAAGAAGGAGAAGCAGGAGUGGCUCUCCAAGCAGAAGGAGAACAUCCAGCAUUUCCAGGCGGAAGAAGAGGCCAACUUACUGAGGCGUCAGAGGCAGUACUUGGAGCUGGAGUGUCGCCGCUUCAAGAGACGGAUGCUCCUGGGCCGCCAUAACCUGGAGCAGGACCUGGUUCGGGAGGAACUAAACAAAAGGCAGACACAGAAGGACCUGGAGCACGCCAUGCUGCUGCGUCAGCACGAGUCCAUGCAGGAGCUGGAGUUCCGCCAUCUCAGCACCAUCCAGAAGAUGCGCUGCGAGCUGAUCCGGCUCCAGCACCAGACCGAGCUCACCAACCAGCUGGAGUACAACAAGCGCCGGGAGCGGGAGCUGCGGCGCAAGCAUGUCAUGGAGGUCCGGCAGCAGCCCAAGAGCCUGAAGUCAAAAGAACUACAGAUAAAGAAGCAGUUUCAGGAUACAUGCAAGAUCCAAACCAGACAGUACAAAGCACUGAGAAACCAUCUGCUGGAGACAACGCCAAAGAGUGAACAUAAAGCUGUCCUCAAACGGCUCAAGGAGGAGCAGACCCGGAAGCUGGCUAUCCUGGCUGAGCAGUAUGAUCACAGCAUUAAUGAAAUGCUCUCUACACAAGCUCUGCGUUUGGAUGAGGCACAGGAAGCAGAGUGCCAGGUUUUGAAGAUGCAGCUGCAGCAAGAAUUGGAGCUACUGAACGCAUAUCAGAGUAAAAUCAAGAUGCAGGCAGAAGCCCAGCAUGAUCGGGAGCUGCGUGAUCUUGAGCAGAGGGUGUCCCUCCGCCGGGCCCUCCUGGAGCAGAAGAUUGAGGAGGAGAUGCUGGCGUUGCAGAACGAGCGCACCGAGCGGAUACGAAGCCUGCUGGAGCGUCAAGCUCGCGAGAUCGAAGCCUUUGACUCAGAAAGCAUGAGGCUAGGUUUUAGUAAUAUGGUUCUUUCUAAUCUCUCCCCCGAGGCGUUCAGCCACAGCUACCCGGGAGCUUCUGGCUGGUCCCACAAUCCUACUGGGGGUGCAGGACCUCACUGGGGUCAUCCCAUGGGUGGCCCACCUCAAGCUUGGGGCCAUCCAAUGCAAGGUGGACCCCAGCCAUGGGGUCACCCCUCGGGGCCCAUGCAGGGGGUACCUCGAAGUAGUGCUAUAGGGGUCCGCAACAGCCCCCAGGCUCUGAGGCGGACAGCUUCUGGGGGACGGACGGAGCAGGGCAUGAGCAGGAGCACAAGUGUUACUUCACAAAUAUCCAAUGGUUCACACAUGUCUUAUACAUAACUUAAACAAUAACUGAGGGUGGCAAUUCCACUGGAGCUGUCUGCCAACAGAAACUGCCUACAGACACCAGCCCAGCAGCCUCCUCAGUGCGGUGCUGACGUGUGGAAGCUGGGUGCACAUGGAAUAUUGUAUUCAUUUUGUAA